AUGAUUCAAAAAUUUUUGAAAGAAUUAUCAGAUGAUUAUGAAAAUCUUUUUGAAACUGAAAUAGGAUAUGAUGUUAUUAUUUACGCGGGAGAUGAAUCAAAUGUUAAAGAAAUUCAUGCUCACUCAAAUAUUUUAUGCACUAGGUCAAAAUAUUUUCGUACAGCAUUUUCUAAUGGAUGGGCUAUAAAAAAAGAUGGAAAAUUUGUUUUCAGAAAAUCAAAUAUUCAACCUCAUUUAUUUGACAUCAUUCUUAGGUUUAUUUACAGUGGAAAUAUCGAAUUAAAAAAUUUACACGGUCCAGAUAUAUUGAAUUUGUUGAUAGCUGUGGAUGAACUUAAUAUCCAACAAUUAAUUUCUCAUAUUCAAGCAUAUUUGAUUAAAUAUCGAACUGAACUUUUGCAUCAAAAUCCAUUUUGUAUUCUUGAAAUUGUCUAUCAACAUGAGACAUUUACAAAUUUACGUGAUUUUUGUCUUGAAAAGAUCUGUGAAGAUCCUAAAAUUUUAUUUAAUUCCGAUAAAUUUGUUAAUUUACAAGCACCCUUGUUGGAAUUAUUUCUAAAAAGAAAUGAUUUAUUCAUGGAUGAAAUUGAAGUUUGGGAAAGUUUAUUGAAAUGGUGUUUAGCUCAGCUAAUUAUGGAAAAUGACCCAACAAAAUGGAACAAAGAUGAUAUGACAAGAAUUGAGAGGUUAUUACACAAGUUUAUUCCACUAAUUAGAUUUUAUGAUAUUGGACCUACAGAUUUCUUUUAUAAAGUUUACAAUUAUAAAGAUAUCUUACCACAAGACUUAAUUAAUGAUCUUUUAGAAUUUCAUGUUGUUCCUAACAUGAAACCUAAAAUUAAUGUACCCCCACCAAGAAAACGAAUUUUAAAUCUUAAUCUUGAUUCAAACAUAAUUCAAUUAAAUCAUAUUCCUCUUUUUGCUUCAUGGAUUGAUAGAAAAGAAUCUUCAUAUUACAAUAACAAAAAUAUUCCUUAUGAUUUCAAAUUGUUAUAUAAUUCAGAUCGGGAUGGAUUUAACGCUGAAUCAUUUCAUAAAAAUUGUGAUAAUAAAGGAGCUACUAUUUGGGUAGCAAAAAUUCGAGGUUCAACACAAUUAAUUGGAGGAUAUAAUCCACUAGAUUGGAAUGGAUAUGGUUUUAAAUAUACAACAAAUAGUUUUCUAUUUAACAUUAAAGAUGGAAAUGAUAUUUCUACUGCAAAAUUAGGUUACGUUAAAAAACCAGAUGAGGCUAUUUAUUGUUAUUAUAACCAAGGUCCACAUAUGGGUUAUUUUUACUGCAAACACAAUAAUGAAUGGACAAAUAAUGAUAGAAAUGCUACUUGCUAUCCUAAUAUAGGUAUUCCAUCUUUAAAUUUUAGAGUAGAGAAUUAUGAAGUAUUUCAAAUAAUUAAAAAAUAGAAAAAUAUACUGUAAAUGUAUAAUUUUAUUAACCUUCUUCUU